AUGGUCAUUGUUGACAAGUCAGGAGUCCAUCACCUCGAGGUUCGAUGCUGUGAUUGUCUCGAUGCCAUGAGUCCAGACAUUCAAAUGUUUCGACAUGGCUUUUUCCCUGCAUCAUUUAACAAGCCGAAGACCAUGUUCACCUUCAGAGUGCUAGAUGAUUUUCUGUUGGACAACCUUGAAUGCGGCACCUCAGCGAUGAACUAUUACAGCAAGCUUUGGCGAAUGACCUCAAGCAUGUUUCCACACCUUGUUCUGGACCAAUACAGAGAGCUUAUGAGAGUCGCUCGACAGUGGAGGCAGUUAAAGUCUAUGAAAUGGCAUGGCUUUGGGCAUAGUUCUGAGAACCCAAAUGCCGGAGAUCUCGCAUUAUUCUGCCUAGCAUGUCCUCAGCCCGGGAUUAACAUAUCCUUGUCAGGGGAUGAAUCACUUGAUGACUGGAAAUACACCCAGUCAUUUGUGAUGGAUGGAAAUUUCAAAGCCGAACACCUGCAUCCCAUCAAGCCAUAUGAUGAACAUCUUGAAGAGGCUGCUGACACUGUGGAAAAAUUGAGCUGCAACAAUCAUUGGGCUGUCAAUCAAGCAAAUGCAGCUUGGCACAAGCUGGAGUCCACCAGUAUCGGGGGAGUAGCCUGUGCCCAACACAGUUGCUUUGUCCCUCACUCGAUGGUAGAUUUCCAGAAAGGCGAAAGACAAAUGAACAUGGACUAUGCACUUUGUGAGGCUGCCCAGCACAACAUGGAUGGUAUUACAAGGGCUGCUGAUUUUCUGACAAUGAUUCUGGAAUUGACUGUCAUUCCCGGAAUUGGGCUGUGGCAUAUCCAUGGACAUCAGGAUAGCUGCUAUGUCAGAUAUGCGUCGAAUUUCAUUGAAGGCAUUGGUCGCAUUGAUGGAGAGAUAAUGGAGACCCUAUGGGCACGUCUCAACCUGAUUUCUCCUGCUGCUCAGGGAAUGACCCUUUGCUGGAAAUACAAGCAGGCGAAGAAUGGCAUCGCCGAAAGUGGAAAGGCUUUCAACAGACUCGACGAAGCCACACCGGCCAACUUAAAGACAGACUGGUUAGCAAGUGAGAGGAUCGCUCAGUCCAACAGAAUACAAGAUCCAGCUGCAAUGGAUAUAUAUGAGAUUAAUAUCAAGAAGGGUGAGAUCACUCUGUCUCAAUUGAAGUCUGAAUUCAUUUUGAACCCAGCACCGAGCAAAAAGGAGAUAGAGCUUAGACUGCUGCAGGAGGGUAAUGCCCAUCAUGCAGCACCUUCUCGCAGAUCUGUGGCAACAUGGAUAUCAAUGGGCCUGGCAAUUGAAGAGGCUCAAAUUGCAUUGCUCAUUGAGAGAUUAGACAUCGCCCGGCAAUGUGAUUGUCUACAAGGCCAGAUAGAUGCAUUCACUUGGACUGCUGUGGCGCAUCUGGGAGAGGAAUUUGAUGCAGAUGACAAUCCUGACGAUUUGAAUAUAGACAUUCUCAAUGAUCUUGAUGAUGACCCAGAGGAUUUCAUCAGGACAUCCGAUACAUGGACAAACUCCCCCGAGCUCACUGUCAUCCCAUUGCCAUCAAACCUCGGGGUAGAUCGAUGCAAACAUUGUAUGGCAGAGGAUCUGAUUCCACUGGAGUUGUCGCUUCGUGAAGGACAGGCCGAUGAUGCCCUUCACAACCUCUGA